AUGAGUUGUAGUAUUAAGCAGACAACUGGCUCUCUCAGGGGCAGAACCAGUGGUGGCAGCUGCGUUAUCAGUAGUGGGGGUGGUGGAGGAGCACGGAUCUCCUCAGUCUCUUCUGGAAGAUACACAACCUGUGGGAUAGGUGGUAGCAGAGGGUUUUCUGGUAGGAGCUACUGUGGUGGUGUAAAUUAUGGAGGAGGAUUGAGCACUGGUAGCUUGGUUGGUGGAAACUAUGGAGGUGGCUUAGGAGCUGGCGUCCUUGGAGGAUGUUCUGGCAUUGGAUUCAGCGGUGGCAGCGUCCGCUUUGGCGGUGGCAUUGGCAUUGGUCUCGGUGGCGGGGUAGCUGGAGGUGGUUUUUCUGCUGAUGGCAUUCUUCUUUCUGGUGAUGAAAAAGUGACCAUGCAGAACCUUAACGAUCGCCUGGCUUCUUACCUGGACAAGGUAAGGUGCCUGGAACAAGAAAAUGCUGACCUGGAGUGCAGAAUCAGGGAGUGGUAUGCCAAGCAGGGCCCUUUUUGUGAGCCCCGGGACUACAGCUGCUAUUAUAAAGAAAUAGAAGAUCUUCAAAACCAGAUUGUCUGCGCAACCAUAGACAACAACAAGAUCAUCCUGAACAUUGAUAACAGCAGGAUGACAGCCGACGACUUCCGAGUGAAGUACGAGACGGAGCUGGCCCUUCGCCAGAGUGUGGAGGCGGAUAUUAACGGCUUGCGCCAGGUCCUGGACCAGCUGACUCUCUGCAGGUCUGACCUGGAGGCACAGCUGGAGUCCCUGCGUGAGGAGCUGUGCUGCCUCAAGAAGAACCAUGAGGAGGAAAUGAGCUGUCUAAGGAAACAAGCAACUGGCGAUGUGAGUGUGGAGGUCAACGCCUGUCCAGGCCCAGACCUCAGAAAGAUCCUGGAGGAGAUGAGGUGCCAGUAUGAAACACUAAUUGAACGCAACCGCAAAGAAGUUGAGGAUUGGUACGAGUGCAAGAUUGAGGAGGUGAACCGGGAGGUCAUUACAAGCGGCCAGGAGGUAGAGACGUGCAACAACCAGGUCACCGAGCUGAGACGCCAACUGCAAGCCCUGGAAAUCGACCUGCAGGCGCAGCUCAGCCAGAGGGACAACCUGGAAGCAUCUCUGGCUGAGACAGAAUGUCGCUACAACAACCACCUUGCUGAGCUCCAGAACCAGAUUACAUGUGUGGAGCAGCAACUGGCUGAUCUGCGUGCAGAAAUGGAGUGCCAGAAUCAAGAGUACAAGAUCCUCCUGGAUGUCAAAUGCCGCCUGGAGCAGGAGAUCCAUACAUACCGCUGCCUGCUGGAGGGCGGACAGCAAGACCUGAUUCAGCAAGGAGGAAUUGGUCAGUCUUCAGGUCUAGGAGGAGGUGUUACAAGAACAGGUGGAAUAGGAGGAGGAAGUAUCAUUAGAACAAGCCACACUUACACUUCAUCUUCCCAGAUGCCAUCUUGCGCAGCUGCAGAGAUACAAGUGCCUUGCAGAAGGAUUUGUGACUAAGCAGAGAAAUGAGAAUGUCC